GAGCUUUGCUCCCAGUCUCAGCGCUGCACCAGCUGCCCCCGGCUUCGGCCCGCCCCUGCAGCGCCGUAUUGGAUUCCCGGCCCAGGGGGUGUUGCCGCCACGCCAGGACGGGGCGUGCGGGCGGUGAAAUGCCGGAGCUGCGGAGCGUUGUAUAAGGAGGAGCUGCGGGGAGCGGAAGAUCAUUGAACAGGACGCGUUUCUCUUCUGGCAGUUGAAGAGAUUAGCAAAAUGUUUGGGACGGUGGUAGUUGGAGUUGGAAUUGCUGGCUUAGCACGAAUCCGAGACUUGAUGAAUCCGAUGCCUUCCAGUCCUUCUGAGAACCUGAAACUCUUUGGAUUUGUAUCCAGGAGAAGUUUUGGCAAUAUUAAUGAGGCUAAGCAGAUUAGCCUGGAAGAUGCUCUGAGCAACAAAGACAUCCAUGCAGCCUUCAUCAGCACAGAGAACAGAAACCAUGAAGAAACCAUCAGAAUGUUCUUAGAAGCGGGAAAACAUGUCCUUGUUGAGUACCCCAUGACUUUGUCUGCUAAGGCAGCCCAUGAGCUCUGGGAGAUGGCUGACCAGAAAGGUAAAGUACUCCAUGUUGAGCACAUUGAACUUCUUACUGAAGAGUACAAGCAGCUGAAAAAAGAGGUGGCUGGGAAAGACCUGGUGAAGGGGACAUUGCAUUUCACAGCAGGUAGUGUUCUCGAUGAAAACAAAUCAGGAUUCCCAGCUUUCAGUGGAAUUGCCCGUCUGACGUGGCUGAUUGACCUCUUCGGUGACCUCACUGUUACCUCUGCCACCAGAGAGAAACAGAAGGAUAAGAAUUAUUCCAGAAUGACUGUUCACUUUCAGACCGCAACAAGAAGUGAACCCUUGACUUGGAUUGAAGAAAGGGGACCAGGGAUGAGACGUGAAAAAAAAAUCAACUUCUGUUUCACAAGUGGUUGCCUGGAAAGCUUCCCUGAAACCCCAAGGUCUUCUGUGGGCCUUUUCAUGCAGGAUCAGAACCUCUUUGCCAAGAAACUGCUGGGCCAAGUCUCCAAGGAGGAGCUGGCUGCUGAGAAAUGGCGAAUUUUGCGGUGUCUUGACCUUGCCGAGGUGAUCCAACAGUACUGUGAAGAACCAGAGAAAAUCUAUUCCUGAGACUGCUCUUAGGGAAGGAAGAACACGGCAGAGGGAAAAGCUGUAGAGCUGGAACUCACUGUUGCCAUCAAGCAGUUGCUAUUUCUGUUUCAUUACCUUCUUUUUGACUGCUUGUGAUUUCUGGGCUCUUCAGGUGUUAUGGAAGAGUCUGUGCCUUCUGGUUUGCCCCAGACCAAAGCAAUUCCCCUGCUCUGAUGCAUCCCCGUCCUUUCAGGUAGUUAGGAACCUAGCAACAGCAAGUUUUCCUGUGAUUCGGCUGGGAAUAUCCCUGAGAAUAGAUCCUGCAGGACUGUAAAUACUAUAUAUAUACUCUGUCGCAGGGUCUGUUCCCCCAUUCCAGAUAUGACUAGAAAUGAAUGUGUCUCGAUAGUAUUCGUGUACUGUUUUCUAGAAUGAAGUUCCAGUUCCAUUUUCCACCUCCUUACUUGAAAUGCAGAACUUGUGUCACCACAGUCCUGACCUUUCCUUCCAAUUGCUUUCAAUUGUUCUGUGUGCUUGCUCUAAGUAGUUUUGCCUGUUAGGUAUGAGCAGGGGGUGUGGUUUUUGAGUUUUUGUCGGGUUUCA